AUUUCAGUUUCUAAAUUUGCUAGAGCGAUAUGGCUGCCUUCUCUGGACAUUGGAGUCUUGCAUUUGGCGUACUUGGCAACGUCGUCUCCUUCUUGGUGUUUCUCGCGCCAAUACCAACUUUCCAUCAAAUCUACAAGAAAAAAUCAAGUGAAGGAUUUCAAUCGAUUCCAUACGUGGUUGCUCUCUUCAGUGCAGUGUUGUGGAUUUACUACGCACUUCUCAAAUGCAACGCCACUUUUCUAAUCACCAUUAAUUCAGUCGGGUGUUUCAUCGAGACUUUUUACAUUAUUUUCUAUUUCUAUUACGCCUCAAAGAAAUCCAAGCUAACAACAAUGAAGCUGCUUGGUUUGAUUGCUGUUUUGGGGAUGGGAAUAUUUUGUGUCACUCACUUCCUAAUGAGACCUUCUCAACGUCCCAUUGUCGUCGGAUGGAUUUGUCUAGUUUUUUCUUUGUGCGUCUUUGUCGCCCCUCUAUGCAUCUUGAGACAAGUUGUACGAACCAAGAACGUGGAGCAUAUGCCAUUUCUUCUCUCAGUUUUUCUUACAAUUAGCGCAGUCAUGUGGUUUUUCUAUGGCCUUUUGCUCAAAGAUUAUAACAUUGCGAUUCCAAACAUACUAGGUUUCAUCUUCGGCUUGCUCCAAAUGGCGCUCUACGCGAGAUACAGAAACACAGACAAAAUGACAGAGCAGAAGAUUCCAGAAGCUGGAAAGCAAAGAAGUGUUUUGGAGGAAGAGAAGAACCCUAAUCACAAAAUCAUUGAAGUUUUCAAAUUAAGUGAAAUGUUGAGUUCACACAAGAAUGGAGUCGAAGAAGCAAAGCCGCAAACUCAAGCUUGAUUGGAAGUUCUGUUAAUUUAUUUACAUGGCAUCUAAUUUAAUUUAAUGUCCUAUGCUUUUUUUUAUUAACUUUGGAACAUGAUGUAAC